AUGAAGCCAUCUGUAAAGGCGACUCACGUGAUUUUUGAUGUGGAUGGCACACUCCUGGAUACCGAAAUCUGUUACACUUUGGCCAAUCGGGCAAUGUUGGAGAAAUAUGGUCGUGAAUUCACAGCUGACAUGCAAGCACAGAUGAUGGGAAGAAGCGGCCAGGAAGCUAAUGCAUGGCUUCUAAAAGAAGUUGGCCUUUCUGACAAAAUUUCUCCUGAAGACUUCGGAGUCGAAAAAGAUUUUAUGCUUGCUGAGAUGUUUCCUAAAUGCCGAGCUUUGCCAGGUGCUGAGCGUCUUGUUCGGCAUUUUGCUAAGAAACAAGUUCCAAUGGCAAUAUGCUCAGGCUCUUCCUCGCACAAAUUCGAAUUGAAGGCUACUAAGCACCAUAGUUGGUUGGAUCUAAUUCCUAUAAAGGUAUUCGUUAAACAUCGUUGGCGAGUUUCUCGGAUUCAUUCCAAUCCAUCUUUAGCUGAGACUGCUGCACACUUUAGCACGUGUAUGGGGUUGGACACGCAGCAAUCGAGU